UCUAUUUCGUUAAAUGUUUGUUUGAUAUCUGAAUUGUACAUUAGCAAGCACUUUCGACCUUCAAAGUAAAGGGAAAACCAAUAUUUAUUUAUUCUUAAACACAUUUUAAAAUUUGUUAGAAUAAGUUAUAUUUAAAUUAGAAAUGACUGUACCAGAACCUAUAAAUGUAAAUGCCUUUUUGCAACACCUAAUAGAAAAAGAUAACCGUGACAAUGCUUAUACCAAGAAAAUCAAAGAAAAUGAAUCAAUAGUACAAGCAGAGGAGAAGAAUAUUAAACAACUGUCAGAGUUGAAAAAAAAACUUACAGAUGAGUUGGAGAAGAAACUGAUUGAGAACAGUAAAUUAGAGAUUAAACGUGAGAUUUUGCAGCACACAAAACUUAUAUGGACUGACUUACUAGAGAAAAAUCGCAAAGAACUGAAGGAAGGAGAAGCGAAAAUGAAUGAGUUGUUUAAAAGCAUCUAUUUAAACCGAAUAUCAUUUUGUGAAAACACAAAGGAUUACCUAGACAAGAACAAUUUACUAAAUAUCUCCAAUGGCUUUGUCAAGAAAAAUGAAUCACUGAUGACUGUAGAAAUGAAAAUUAAAACAGAGAAAGAUUCAGAAGAACAUAAUUAUUUAGCAACUAAAAUUAAAAAUCUGGAAACUCAACUAGAAGAAUUGAGAGCAGAUGAGAAGCAAAUUGAAGAAGCUAAAUUGUACAAAGUCCAGCUUCAAUCUGAACCAUCCUGUGGAGAGAAUUUUCUAAGACUGCAAGAUUUAUUGAAAGACAUGAAAGACAAACUGGAAAAUGUGGAAAUAAAAACAAAAGCAUUGAAAGACAACAUAGCACAGAAAGAACUACUGUUACUGAAAAGAAGAAAUACUACCAAACAAACAAAAUAUAAGAAACAACGCAAUAGCCCAGACUUGCACCAGGAUGAUCAAACAAAUCUGGAUACUAAUAAUGCCAAAAUGUCAUGGAAUAUAAAACAAAAACAGUCAGAAGUAAAAAGAGUUCAGUUCAAGAGCACUGUUGAAGUAAAUCAGAACUCUUCUUCGCCUCAACUGAAGAGCAUCUUAGGAAGCAAGAUUUUCAAGGCCAAGUCACCCAGUACAAGCUUGAGAAAAAGGCUAAAUGAGAAACUUGUAUUGAAACUAGAUGAGGAGAUGAAGGAAAUUCUUUUUACAAACAAAGAAUAAGUUGCUUGUCAACAGAGUAAACUGGAAAUUAAAUUGAUUUAAUCACUUUGAAAGAAACUGUGAUUUUUAACCCUUAGCACUUGGAAGGCCAUGCUCAGGGUCCAGUGUUGUUUUAGUGCACUCAGGUAUUCAAUGUGUUGCACUGUCCUUCCCGAUCAGGCGGCCACGCUACAGGUCCACUGCAUGUUCUCCCACCCAAUUGGAAUUCUCUGCUUACCGUGUAACGCUACCAGAUCGGAAUUAUUUUUCUGGGUAGCUCCAAAUCUGUUUCACCUGCUACAAUUUCCAUUGACCAUAAUAUUGUUGUAUUGUAAUAUUUCAAUACUUACAAUGAUGUAAAUACAACAAACCAUCAUUUAA